AUGGCACUGGACCAAUCCACCUUUGCACAGGGAAACACCAGCGUUAUCAACGUGACCAACGUCAAUCGCAACCACACCGGCUGGUACCGCUGUGUGGCCAGCAAUGACGUCAACAGCGAGAGCUCUAACCCGUUAUGGCUGGACACUAUGUUUGGCCCGGAUAUCCCUCAGAUAGACGUGAGUCCAUACAGUAUAACAGAGCGAGGAUAUUCAGCCCUGGAGAGAGAAAAUGUCUCUUUACUGUGUGAAGCCCAGUCCAACCCAGCCAGUCAGUACGUCUGGUUCUACAACAACUCCCAGGUCUACACCGGGCCGCAGUUAACCAUCACUAAGAUCCUACGCAUGCACACUGGCGACUACACCUGCUCGGCACAGAACACCUACCUCAACACCCACUCCAAAAAAUCCAUCAGCCUGACUGUCUACUACCCACCCGAUGGCUCCCCCUCCUGUUCUGUCGAGGCAGCUCUGAAUUAUACCGCUUUGAGACUCCUCUGCUCUUGGCCCGGCGGAUUACCCUCCCCCUCUCUCUACUGGACCGGACUCGGGAACCAAGUGGGCCAAGACGAGGCUGGCACAGGGCAGCAAACAAAUCCACUGACCAACACUGCCGUCUUGCUACCAUCUGAAGGCCUCAACUCCAACAGCUUGUUAACUUGCAUGGGCUCCCACCUGGCACUCAAACAAUCAAUAGAGUGCAGCACACGCACACAUAUUCCCCCUGCAGAGCCGGAGUGUUUUGCCUACGUGACUAACAAUAAACAGUAUCUGAUGCUGUCCUGCUCCUGGGAUGGAGGGGCCCCGAAAGCCUUGUUGUGGUGGGAGGGCCCAGAUGGCCAGGCCAAAGGCGGAGAAGAAAACUCCAACAUCCUGAUCCUUCGCUACGGCACCGCCCGCAGCGGGAAACCCUACACCUGCCAUGCUAAGCAUCCACUUCUGGUCCAAACCAAAACCUGCAGGCUCACACUGGAGGCUCCUGUACUGCUGGCACAGCGCAGAGUUGUGUCUGUAUACGAGGGGAGUGACGUUCAGCUCACCUGCAACCUGAGAGCCAACUACCUUCCUGUCAGUGAAAUCACCUGGUUUAACAAUCAGGGUGUGGGCGUCCUAGACACCUCAAAGUACGCACUGCUGCAAACAUCUGCAUGGGCCAAUCUGACAGUGAGAGACACAGAUGAGACUCAAGACAGCGGCGAGUACAGAUGCUUCGCUUCCAACGCAGCGGGAGGAACUGAAAUCAAUGUCACUUUAGUGAUCAACAGGUACCCCAUGCCACCCAAUGUGACCCUGGUCAAAGUGAUGUACAACAGUCAACAGCGUAACGAGGUGGAGCUGGAGUGGCAGGUAGAGAACGAAGGAGGAGGAGGAUGGACAGGUUUCAUCCUGCAGCACAUAUGGGUGUCAGAGCAACCAGGAAGGAGAGGCAACAAUGAUUCAAAGCAGGAGACGGAGGAGAGGAUCAGUCCACCAGACUGGUACUCUAACAUCAUCCAGGACCCAGAAGUCAGGAUCUAUACAGUAGGGAGACUGACACCGACUGUUACGUACCAGUUCCGCAUCAUGCCUGUCAACCACCGCACCGUCGGACACCCUUCUGCUGCAAAGACUCCAGUCAUGAAGACAGUUCCUGUCAGUAAGCCUUACCUCCUGAUGAGUGAUGUAUCUCCGUUGGAGGGAUCUACAAUCUGGAUGCGCUGCAAUCUGGAAAAUGGCACUGGACCCAUCCAGUAUGUGUGGCAGUAUGAGACCCGCAGCGGCAACAUCUCAGCCUUUGCACAGGGAAACACCAGCGUUAUCAACGUGAAUGUCAACCGCAACCACACUGGCUGGUACCGCUGUGUGGCCAGCAACAACGUCAACAGCGAGAGUUCUAACCGGUUAUGGCUGGACACCAUCUUUGGCCCGGAUAUCCCUCAGAUAGACGUGACUCCGUACAGUAUAACAAAGCGGGGAUAUUCAACCCUGGAGAGAGAGACUGUCUCUUUACUGUGUCAAGCCCAGUCCAAUCCGGCCAGUCAGUACGUCUGGUUCUACAACAACUCCCAAGUCUACACCGGGCCGCAGUUAACCAUCACUAAGAUCCUACGCAUGCACACUGGUGACUACGCCUGCUUGGCACAGAACACCUACCUCAACACCCGCUCCAAAAAAUCCAUCAGCCUGACUGUCUACUACCCACCCGAUGGCUCCCCCUCCUGUUCUGUCGAGGCAGCUCUGAAUUAUACCGCUUUGAGACUCCUCUGCUCUUGGCCCGGCGGAUUACCCUCCCCCUCUCUCCACUGGACCGGACUCGUGAACCAAGUGAGCCAAGACGAGGCUGGCACAGGGCAGCAAACAAAUCCACUGACCAACACUGCCGUCUUGCUACCAUCUGAAGGCCUCAACUCCAACAGCUUGUUUACUUGCAUGGGCUCCCACCUGGCACUCAAACAAUCAACAGAAUGCAGCACACGCACUUAUAUUCCCCCUGCAGAGCCGGAGUGUUUUGCCUACGUGACUAACAAUAAACAGUAUCUGAUGCUGUCCUGCUCCUGGGAUGGAGGGGCCCCGAAAGCCUUGUUGUGGUGGGAGGGCCCAGAUGGCCAGGCCAAAGAGGCUCCUGUACUGCUGACACAGCGCAGAGUUGUGUCUGUAUACGAGGGGAGUGACGUUCAGCUCACCUGCAACCUGAGAGCCAACUACCUUCCUGUCAGUGAAAUCACCUGGUUUAACAAUCAGGGUGUGGGCGUCCUAGACACCUCAAAGUACGCACUGCUGCAAACAUCUGCAUGGGCCAAUCUGACUGUGAGAGACACAGAUGAGACUCAAGACAGCGGCGAGUACAGGUGCUCCACUUCCAACGCAGUGGGAGGAACUGAAAUCAAUGUCACUUUAGUGAUCAAGAGGUACCCCAUGCCACCCAACGUGACCCUCGUCAAAGUGAUGUACAACAGCCGACAGCGUAACGAGGUGGCGCUGGAGUGGCAGGUAGAGAACGAAGGAGGAGGAGGAUGGACAGGUUUCAUCCUGCAGCACAUAUGGGUGUCAGAGCGACCAGGAAGGAGAGGCAGCCACAAUGAUUCAAAGCAGGAGACGGAGGAGAGAAUCAGUCCACCAGACUGGUACUCUAAUAUCAUCCAGGACCCAGAAGUCAGGAUCUAUACAGUAGGGAGACUGACACCGACUGUUACGUACCAGUUCCGCAUCAUGCCUGUCAACCACCGCACCAUCGGACACCCUUCUGCUGCAAAGACUCCAGCGGAACCACGCUACAACGUGUACCCUGCUGUGAUUGGAGCAGCUAUAGGCGGGAUGCUCUUUGCAGCCUUCCUAACAGCGCUGCUGCUCGUAUUCAUAAUCCGCAACCGCAACAACAAUCCUCGAUUACAUGACAUGCUGUUUGGUUUGCAGCACAGCCAGUCAAGAGAAAACAUCAACUUCCCAGAGGAUGAAUUGGAAGGCAGGUCAAAGGGAGGAAUAGAGGAGAUUGGUGGAUCAUCCAGUCCAGGUCCAACCAUGGCUUUACCCCGGGCAGCUUCACCCCUCACCACCUCACCUGCGAGUGCCACCCCCGCCACCAGCCAAGCCCCUCCCCCUGGAGACAGCAAUGAACCUGUCAGCGUCACCAUCACCGUCAAGGCUACAGGCUCAUAA